AUGGAACCUUCGUUGCCUUCGAGCGGCAUUGCCCAGUCAAUAACUUCAGUGAUUGGCAGCGACAAUGGCAGCGCCAACGGCAAUGGCAAAGAGGCGCCCAAGAAGCGCAACCGACGAAGCAAUCCCAAGGUCAAGACGGGGUGCUUGAACUGCAAGCAACGGCGCAUCAAGUGCGAUGAAAUGCGUCCAGCUUGCUCGCAGUGCGUCCGCAGCAAGAAAGAUUGCACCGGCUAUCCGGCGCCCAGCCGCGGGGCCAGAGCUGCCGUUGAUGUCCGCAUUGCUCCGAAGCCUUUGGUUGCCGCAGCGGCUGGGCUCCAGCACCUCCAGCAACUGCAGCCAGCGCCAAGCAGCAUUGCGAGCGCUUCGACUUCAACCACUGCCAGCCUUUUGCUCACAGGUCACACCAUUAUGCUCCCCCCUCGGCGUGUCAACCGUCGCAAACGGCAGGCUGGGCCUCUCGCCGCCAAUGCCACCAUGCCCUUUGUGUACGAGCCGUCUCACAACUUGGCCUUGAUGCAUACGGAAAGUCUGUACUUUGACCUCUUCCGAGUCCAGACGGCUUCAGAGCUGUCUGGAUACUUUGAUUCGACCUUUUGGACACAGCGCGUUCUACAGGAAUGCCACUUCGAGCCGUCCAUUCGACACGCCGUUGUGGCUCUUGGCGCCUUGUAUAAGACGCUUGAACAGUCUUGUGAGCCUGACUCGAUGCCCCUUCCUGGUGCUAUGAGCCGGCUGGACUCGGUCAUGUGUCAUUGGCAAGUUGCCGUUAGGAAAUACUCGGAAGCCUGUAACGCCAUGCUACUUCUCAGCGGUGACAAGUUGGCGACCAACAAAACCCGUCUGAUGGCCAGUGUCUUAUUAGCCUGUUUUGACUCUUUUAUUGGUGACCAUCGGCAGGCCAUUGUCCAAAUUCAAACGGGAUUGAAGCUCCUGGCUCGAAUUCAAUCUGAUCGGACGCAAGCUCCUCAUUCCAAUGAACGAGUUGAGGAAGAUCUCCUAAUCAUUUUCACGCGCUUGGCAAUUCAGGCCAAAUCGUACGACAUGGCUUUCCAUUUCCCCCAUCCAUUCGUGAUUGAGCUGGGCCCUCAGAGUUUACAAGACCCGUCCUCACCUCUCUCAGACAUGGGUUCUCCUCAGCCGUCUAGGCCCAUACCCCAUCAGUUUUCAUCCUUGCGGGAAGCUCGCCUGGCUUCAGAUCAGCUGUGCGAGAUGUUGCUGCGAUUCAUCGAACAUUUACAGCGUGCCAAGAAAGAACCUUCCUACACCUUACCCCCGUCCUGGAGACAAUUGGGUGCUACAUUUCAAGGCCAAAUUGAUUCGUGGUCAAAAGCUUUCGAACCAAUCUUCCAAUCGCGGCUGCAGCCUGGCAUGAAUUUGCUGGAGAAGUCGGGCAUCGCGGCCUUGAAAAUGUUUCAGAUCAACACAAAUGUCAUAUUCUUGACGAUUUUCUGCGAUGCUGAGGUUCAGUUUGAUGGUUUCCUCCCCCAUUUCAAGGCUAUUGUUAGCCUGGGUUGGGAGGUAGUUGGUGAUGAUGAAAAGCGAGCGGCUACCGAGCGUUGCCCGGACCCUCGGAGGUGCCAACAGCAACACGGCACUCCAAUGCCAGCAUUUAUGGCGGGGAAAUACACAACCCAUCAUAUCAAGCCCAGCUUUUCCGCAGACCUUGGAAUUGUUCCGCCGCUCUUUGUCGUGGCCACUAAAUGUCGAGAUCCAGUCGUCAGGCGGGAAGCAAUCCAACUUUUGAGGAGCAGCGCCCGGCGUGAGGGCAUGUGGGACAGCGAGCUGACGGCUAACAUUGCUCAAUGGGUUAUGGAGGUAGAAGAGUCCGAGAAUCCCUUUCCCGAAAUGCAUCCUCCUGGUGGGAUAACGCAGGUCGUUCUUCCAAGCCGGGCAAUACCAGAGGAAAAGAGAGUCAUGGUCCAGUCUGUCAAUUUCGACUUACGACAUCGAUUUGCUGAGCUCACGGUGGGCUCCCGAGAUUUGCGCCAGGGGAUGAGGGACCGACGACACAAAGCGACUCGAAUCACUUGGUGA